AUGAGGCGAAGCGUGGAGCUGGACGAUAGCACCCUGGUGGAGAUCUUGAGCAAGGUGGGCGAUGCGCGGCAGCUCGCGGAGUGCUCGCUGGUGUGCAAGCGAUGGCGGGAGCUGAGCUCGGCGGUUUCUCGCCUCCACUUCGACUUUGAGGUAAGUAGCAUGGAGGAGGUGAGGGACGCCGAGGAUACCAUCUCCAGCGUCCUCCACCGCGCCAAGUACAAGGCUCCCGGCUGCCUCAAGGAGCUCAGCGUCGUGCUCCAGUGUGGCUAUGGCGACGACCAGAUGGAAGUUAGCGGUCACUGGCUUGCCUGGGCUGCUGGCUCCGUCACAAGGCUCGCCCUCCAACUGGAAGGGCUCGAGUGGGGACCGGCGGUCUGGAGCUUGAUCGCGUGCUCCACCGCGAUCCAGAUGAUCCACAUAAGUGGGACGAUGGGCAUUAGCACCAAGAGCUUGGUGUCGUGCUCUCUCCAGGCCCUAGAAGUUUGCAAGCUUGUCAGCCCCGUCCCUCACGCGCUGCUCCCGAUGCUGCUAGCAUCGUGCCCAAGGCUGGAGGUUUUGAGCGCUGUCAUUGUUGGCGGGCAAUCCCUUACAGUCUCGAGUGGAAACCUCAAAGCUCUGAGUGUGCUCGGGCAAUGCGAUGAGGACCUUGAGGCGUUUGAGCUUACAAUCGACGCCCCACAGCUGGAAGCUCUGCUGGUGGGAGUACACAGCCCAGGAACUCUAGUGAGCAUCCGGUUGCACUCCGAGGAUUUGAAGGUGGCCAGCUUUUACGGCUGUUGUGUUCUUGACAAGCGAUGCGAGAAGGUACGUUGCUUGACGCUAUUUGGAGCCUGGGAGAUGGAUACGAUUGCCGAGAUGUCUUGGUUCAUGCCUCUGGUCUCCAAGCUCUCCCUUUUUUAUUUUAAAAGCCACCACAAUAUCACCAUCGACAGGCUCUUAUCUUCGUUUGGUAGUGUGGACACUUUACAUUGCGACUGUCAUUCUCUUCAGUCUGCACUGCGCAACGCGUUGGUUCUCAAGGAUUUACUUGGAGUCAAAGGGAUUGGUAUUCACUACAAAGAUGUGGCCAACUUGAAGCUGGUGCUAGGGAGACUAAGUUACGAAUCCUUGCGGGUGCUGUCCGACUUGCGUUCGUUGUCUCCUUGUCGCAUUUCUUUCACGCAUGAGAAGUUGCAUCCAUGGUUAUCGAUCCAUCUCUAGCCGUCAGCAAGGAAAAAAUCUAGAAAAUUUGACGAAUUUUCUUG